AAAAAUGCUGGUUUGGUGAUGAGGAAUCACUUCGUGGAAUAUCAAACCAGGAUUUUGUAGGAUUUCUGGGGACCCCCCCCCUGAGCUGGGAGGGAGCCCCUCCCAUGGAGAAAUCAAGAUGUAAUUUUAGAAGAGAGCAGAUAUAAACGAUGAAAUCGGAUUGAAAAUACAGAGAUUCCCCAGCCUGGCUCUGGCCACUGCACAGCAAAGUUAGCUGGGGCUGAGCGAGUGCAGCUCUCCUUCCCUGGGCCCCAAGGCCCUGCUCACGGACAUUCACCCUUCCUUCACCUCCAAAUCAGCUCCCUUACGUGUAUAUAUAUUUUAAAAAUCCAAGUCUUACUUUCAAAGCACACACUUAGUCUCAACUAGGGAAUCAACAGAAGCAGAAGCGAUUUUUUUCCCCCUUCUUGACAUCUGGCUUGCGAUUGGCUGGAAGGGGGUCAGCUGACUUUGUCAUUUUGUCUGUCCUGGAUUGGAGCCGUCCCUAUAACCAUCUAGUUCCGAGUACAAACUGGAGACAGAAAUAAAUAUUAAAGAAAUCAUAGCCCGACCAGGUAAAGGCAAAGGGAUGAAUUCCUACUUCACUAACCCUUCCUUAUCCUGCCACCUCGCCGGGGGCCAGGACGUCCUCCCCAACGUCGCCCUCAAUUCCACCGCCUAUGAUCCAGUGAGGCAUUUCUCGACCUAUGGAGCGGCUGUUGCCCAGAACCGGAUCUACUCGACUCCCUUUUAUUCGCCACAGGAGAAUGUCGUGUUCAGUUCCAGCCGGGGGCCGUAUGACUAUGGAUCUAAUUCCUUUUACCAGGAGAAAGACAUGCUCUCAAACUGCAGACAAAACACCUUAGGACAUAACACACAGACCUCAAUCGCUCAGGAUUUUAGUUCUGAGCAGGGCAGGACUGCGCCCCAGGACCAGAAAGCCAGUAUCCAGAUUUACCCCUGGAUGCAGCGAAUGAAUUCGCACAGUGUGUGUUUUGUGCCUGGAUCUCCAGGGGUUGGCUACGGAGCGGACCGGAGGCGCGGCCGCCAGAUCUACUCGCGGUACCAGACCCUGGAACUGGAGAAGGAAUUUCACUUCAACCGCUACCUAACUCGGCGCCGGCGCAUCGAGAUCGCCAACGCGCUCUGCCUGACCGAGCGACAGAUCAAAAUCUGGUUCCAGAACCGCCGGAUGAAGUGGAAAAAGGAAUCUAAUCUCACGUCCACGCUCUCAGGGGGCGGCGGAGGGGCCGCGGCCGACAGCCUGGGCGGAAAAGAGGAGAAGCGGGAAGAGACAGAGGAGGAGAAGCAGAAAGAGUGACCGGGACUGUCCCUCCCCCCUCCUCCUCCUUCGCCCCCCAGCGCCCCCUGACCACACGCUCUGUAUUUAUCGCUGGCACAACUGGUGUGUCUUGGCACCCUAAGGAGCAUUAGGGAGUCAGAUAUGGACCUGAAAGUAAACUCUGGACCCCCGCCCUCACCGCACAAACUCUCUCACUGCGCGCCGCCGCCUCUUCCUCCUCCUCCUCCUCCUUCUCCUCCUCGCUCCCUCGCUAGCUCGCUCCCGGCUUGUCUGCAGGCCCCUUCCCCCGCCCAGGCCUUGGGGGCUCUGUCCCUGAACCUCGCUUCAGACGCCCCUGUUCUCCCUCGAAUGAGGACUUGGCCUCCC